AUGGCAGGCUCUCUUCGCGCUGCCAGUAGCUUUCUCGGGGUCGGAAUCUCUCACCCCAAGCUCGCAGUGAAGGUUCCUUCUAACCUCCGCCGUUCUACUGCAUCGGGUCGAAAGAUUAACACUGACCGAGAUGGGAAUUCCCGUAAGAGCCGCGGAGUCCAGGUUCGAGCUCGCGCGGACGGCGAGAUUUCUCUGUUGCUGGAUUUCAGCAAAGUUUUCUCGUCAACCCCAGCUCCCGGCGAGCCCGUCGUUUCCGUGGACAACGAGAGCAGCGAGAACUACACUAUUAUCACCGUCAGCGCGCAGAAUAGACCUGGACUGCUCCAGCUUCUAACGCUCACGUUUCGUGAUCUCGGCCUGGACGUCGGCAAGGCCGUCGUCGAUCUUGAUGAUGACGGUAACGUGGCCGACGCGUUUUACGUCACGGCCGUCGACGGAAAAAAGAUCACCCAGAAACGCGAUCUGCAGAACAUCCGCAAGUGCGUGGUGAGAGCUCUGGUUCUAGACGCCAAGGGUGACUCGCCGAAAGAUGCUCCGGUCCGGCCGGCGAGACUUAUUAGGCCGGUUACAACGCUGGACCCGUCGGCUUCGCCGGAGAUGAAACGGCGUACGGAGCUGCUGCACAACCUGAUGGACACGUACAUCAAGAACGACGUGCUGUCCAUCCAGCGGAGCAUUGUGGACCACGUGGAGUACACCAUGGCGCGCAGCAGAUACAAAUUCGACGACUUCGAGGCGUACCAGGCGACAGCGUACAGCGUGAGGGACCGGCUGAUUGAGAGCUGGAACGACACACAGCAGUACUUUAAGGACCAGGACUCCAAGCGCGUCUACUACCUCUCCAUGGAGUUCCUCAUGGGGCGGUCGCUGUUGAACAGCAUAUUCAACCUGGGAAUGAAGGACCAGUAUGUGGAGGCGCUGGGGCAGCUGGGCUACAAGCUCGAGGUGCUGGCGGAGCAGGAGAGGGAUGCUGCUCUUGGCAACGGUGGCCUUGGCCGCCUGGCAGCCUGCGUGCUCGACAGCAUGGCGACGCUCAACUACCCGGGAUGGGGCUACGGCAUCCGCUACCAGUACGGCAUGUUCCGGCAGACUCUACAGGACGGCUUCCAGCACGAGCAGCCGGAUUACUGGCUGACGUUUGGCAACCCGUGGGAGAUAGAGCGCGUGUUUGUGACAUACCCCGUGCGCUUCUACGGCACCGUUGAGUCCUACACCGAGGCCGGCCACCCCCGCAAGCGAUGGGUCGAGGGCGAAACGGUGGAGGCAGUGGCAUACGACAAUCCUAUCCCCGGCUACCACACCAACAACACCAUCAACCUGCGCCUGUGGGGCGCGAAGCCCAGUGGCGAGUUCGACCUGCAAAGCUUCAACACGGGGGACUACGUGAACGCGAUUCUGAGCAAGCAGAAGGCGGAGGCCAUCAGCAGCGUGCUGUACCCGGACGACCGCACGUACCAGGGCAAGGAGCUGCGCCUCAAGCAGCAGCACUUCUUCGUCUCCGCCACCAUGCAAGACGUCGUGCGCCGCUACAAGGAGGAGCACUCCACGUUCGAUGAGUUCAAGGACAAGGUGGCGCUGCAGCUGAACGACACGCACCCAGUGCUGGCGCUGGUGGAGCUCAUGCGCCUGCUGGUGGACGAGGAGGGGCUGGAGUGGGGGUACGCGUGGAACAUCACCACGCACACCUUCUCCUACACCAAUCAUACGGUGCUGCCGGAAGCGCUGGAGAAAUGGCCUGUGGAGAUUCUCGAGACUCUGCUGCCGCGCCACCUGGAGCUCAUCUAUGACAUCAACCACAACUUCAUUGUGGACCUGAAGAAGCGCAUCGGCAACGAUUACGACCGCCUCUCCCGCAUGUCCAUCAUUGAAGAGGGCGCGCACAAGAGCAUCCGCAUGGCAACGCUGGCGGUGGUGACGUGUCAUACCAUCAACGGCGUGUCUCAGAUCCACACAGACCUCAUUGAAAACACGCUCUUCAAGGACUUCUAUGACAUCUGGCCACACAAGUUCCAGAACAAGACAAACGGUGUCACCCAGCGUCGCUGGCUGGCAUUCUGCAACCCGGGGCUGGCGGCGAUCCUGACCCAGUGGCUGGGCACAGAGUCAUGGAUCACGAACCUGGACCUCGUGGCUGGGCUCAAGGAGCAUGUUGAUGACCCGCUGCUGCAGACACAGUGGAUGCAGGUUCGUAGGCAGAACAAAGCUCGCCUGGCUGCAUAUAUUGAGGGGAUUUCAGGGAUCAAGGUGAGCAUCGACGCCAUGUUUGACGUGCAGGUGAAGCGCAUUCACGAGUACAAGCGGCAGCUGCUCAACGUGAUGGGCAUCAUCCACCGCUACGACUGCAUCAAGAAGAUGAGUCCCGAGGAGCGCAAGCGCGUGGUGCCGCGCGUGUGUCUGCUGGGAGGCAAGGCGGCGCCAGGAUACGACCUGGCGAAGAAGAUCGUGAAGCUCAUCAGCGCCGUGAGCGAAGUGAUCAACAAGGACGAGGACGUGGGCGACCUGCUCAAGCUGGUGUUCAUUCCCGACUACAAUGUGUCACUUGCUGAGCUCAUUAUCCCUGCCAGCGACCUCUCCCAACACAUCAGCACGGCGGGCAACGAGGCAUCGGGCACGAGCAACAUGAACACGGCGGGCAACGAGGCAUCGGGCACGAGCAACAUGAAGUUUGCAAUGAACGGAUGCCUCAUUCUGGGCACUCUGGAUGGCGCCACGCGUGAGAUCAGGGAGGAGAUUGGCCCUGAAAACAUGUUCGUGUUUGGAGCUGAGACCAAGGACGUGCCUCAGCUGAGGGAGGAGCGACGCACCUUCACCCCCUGCCGCAACUUCACUCGCGUUGUCGGCAUGAUCCGCAGUGGCUACUUUGGGUGGACGGAGUUCUUUGCGCCUCUCAUGGAUUCCAUUGACGGCCCGGGCAACGACUACUACCUCCUUGCCAACGACUUCUCCACCUACCUGGAGGCCCAGGUGCGCCCGUCCUCACCUACCUGGAGGCCCAGGUGCGCCCGUCCUCACCUACCUGGAGGCCCAGGUGCGCCCGUCCUCACCUACCUGGAGGCCCAGGUGCGCCCGUCCUCACCUACCUGGAGGCCCAGGUGCGCCCUUCCCCACCUACCUGGAAGCCCAGGUGCGCCCUUCCCCACCUACCUGGAGGCCCAGGUGCGCCCUUCCCCACCUACCUGGAGGCCCAGGUGCGCCCUUCCCCACCUACCUGGAGGCCCAGGUGCGCCCGUCCUCACCUACCUGGAGGCCCAGGUGCGCCCGUCCUCACCUACCUGGAGGCCCAGGUGCGCCCUUCCCCACCUACCUGGAGGCCCAGGUGCGCCCUUCCCCACCUACCUGGAGGCCCAGGUGCCCCUUCCCCACCUACCUGGAGGCCCAGGUGCGCCCUUCCCCACCUACCUGGAGGCCCAGGCGGCCAUAGAUGCAACGAAUGUGGACGUGCCCAAGCAGACGCACAUGAGCAUCAGCAGCACCGCUGGGGCCUGGUUUGGCUACCCUCCUCUCCCUCCCCCCUUCACCUUCCCUUUCCUGCCUCCCUUCUCCCUCUCCCCAGGCGGCCAUAGAUGCAACGCUGCCAUAGAUGCAACGUAUGUGGACGUGCCCAAGUGGACGCGCAUGAGCAUCAGCAGCACGGCUGGGUGCGGACGGUUCACGAGCGACCGCACGAUCAAGGAGUAUGCGGAGGAGAUCUGGGACGUGCAGCCCAUCACCCGCCCCUAUUGA